AGCAAAAACCCAUGUGAGUUUUUUUUUUUUGUCACGUUGUUGGAGACUAUGCAUUCCACUAGCAGCUCAAGUGCCGUGCUCUUCUUCUUCUGUUUCUCUGAUUAUAUAUUGGUCUCAUUUUCUGUUUCAGACAACACACCUCAGGACGCUAGAUCGGGGAAGAAGAUAGAUGGGGUGCUUCUCCUGCUUCAAACCCUCCACCUCUGAGGAUCCUUUUGAAGCUGAAACUGAUAUCGUCAAACAAGUGUCAUCGAAUGAUGCUCACGUUCAAGAAGAUGAACAGCUUGCUUUGGCCAUUCAAAAAUCUCAAGAAGACGAAGAGGAAAGAAGGCGCAUCAGGGACUUAGAAGAGCAUGCACAAGAAAGAGGAGAAAGGCAAAAGUAUGAUAAUUCUUCUUCUUUGAAAGGCAAAAUGGAUGGACAGACUUCUGAGGAGAGUGUAAAGGAGAAAGAAAAAAGAAAACAGUUUGAAGAAGAACUAAAGCAGGAUGAACAACUUGCUGUGAGUCCUCCUCCUCCUCGUAGCAAGUGUGGUGGUUGCCACUCUGAGAUUGAACACGGAGGAUCAGUGGAUGUCUUUGGUGUUCCUUGGCAUCCUGAAUGUUUCUCUUGUGGUGCUUGCCGCAACCCAAUUGUUGUCCACGAGGUUCAAAACCAUGUCUCAAACUCAAGAGGCAAGUUCCACAAAAACUGCUAUAACCGGUACUGCUAUGUCUGCCAAGAGAAAGUGAAGAUUAGAGAGUACAAUAGCCAUCCUUUCUGGAAGGAAAUAUACUGCCCUGCUCAUGAAACUGAUGGAACUCCCAAGUGUUGCAGUUGCGAGAGGCUAGAGCCUAGAGAAACGGAUUUCGUAAUGCUAGAUGAUGGAAGGUGGCUAUGUCUAGAAUGUAUGGAAUCAGCGGUUAUGGAUACUGACGAAGUCCAGCCUCUUCACUUUGAAAUCCGUGACUUCUUCCAUGGCUUGUUCUUGCCAGUUGAGAAAGAGUUUUCUCUUCUUUUGGUGGAGAAACAAGCCCUGAAUAAAGCUGAGGAGGAAGAAAAGAUCGACAACCAGCAUGGUGUGGUAACCAGAGGUAUUUGCUUGUCUGAAGAGCAGAUUGUCACAAAUGUGUCAAAAGGGCCAAAGAUGGGGGAGAACAAGCAGCUAACAGGAAAGACCACGGAAUCUCAAAGGGUUGUGAGUGGAUGCCCGGUCACUGCAAUUCUCAUCUUAUAUGGACUUCCUAGGUUACUAACAGGAUCUAUCAUGGCUCACGAGAUGAUGCAUGCUUAUCUUAGACUCAAUGGACAUAAUAAUUUGAACAAGGUUCUGGAAGAAGGAAUAUGCCAAGUGCUAGGGCACAUGUGGUUGGAGACUCAAAGAUACGCCCCUAUUGAUGUUGCUGCAGCUUCUUCUUCUUCUUCUUCAUCAAAUGCGGCAAAGAAAGGGGUGUGGUCUGAACUCGAGAAGAAGCUGGUGGAUUUUUACAAGUAUGAGAUAGAAACAGAUGAGUCAGCUGUCUAUGGUGAAGGGUUUAGGAAAGUUAACUAUAUGGUUACAAAUUCCAGCCUCCAGGAAACCCUCAAAGAGAUUCUUCCCCGCGGGGGUUGAAGAAGAUGAUGAUGAAGAAGAUCAUCUCUGAUUCAAAGUUUUUGAAUCAGCUCAUGUACGAAGCAUACCACAUAUAUGUACACAUACGCACGUUUCGGCUUUUCCUUGUUUCUUCAUUGUUUAUGUUUUUCAGUAAAGCUUGUUUGGUGUAUGUAAAACAGUUUUUUUUUCUUGGUGAAGUUGGAACUUUUAGA